AUGAGGACGUCUCUACGGAAUUUACCCUUCGAUAGCCAAACAGCGUUAGCGUUUAUGGUUAUGGAACUUGGGGGUGAUAAUUUAGAAGAGCAUUGUAAAAAAUUAAAUGAGAUAGUCAAUGAACGUACCAGAUCAAAAGAACGUCAUCAUGCACGAAAGUCACUAAGAGGAGAAUAUAUUCCUGAUAAAAAUCGAAAAGAAAUUUGGAAACAAUUGGUCAGUAUUUUAAAUACAUUACGUAAAUAUAACAUAGUUCAUCUCGAUUUAAAGCCAAUGAAUUUGGUGUUUUUUGGACCAUAUAUGAAACUUGUCGAUCUUGGAAUUGCAAAAAAAACAAACACUAUAUGCCAUGGACGAGCUGGUACAGAAGGUUACACUGCUCCCGAAGUCUUUUUUGCGCCACCUGGUACCAGUCUUGUUACAAACUUCAAAGCCGAUAUAUGGUCAGCUGGAGCCAUACUUUACUAUAUGACCUAUGGUUUACCACCAAGAUCUCCACCUGCAGCUCCGUAUGCCCCGCCACCGGGAUUAACUCCCACGAGAGAUCAAGGUGUGAUAGAUAUUCUACGUCAUUGUUUACAUCGUGAUUCAAACAUGAGACCAGAUCCUGUCUGGUUACGCAAUCAUCCAUACACACAUAGUCAAGCCAAUUAG